AUGUCGAGGGAGAGCGAUGUCCCGGAGGCGGCGCGGGCGCCGGAGUCGAUGGCAUGGGGCACGCCGCCGGCGCUGUACCUGUCUUACGGCAUGGUCUCGCUCAGGGGCCGGCGCCCGGCGCUGACUGAUGCCGUGGCGGCCGCGCAGUCGUUCACGGCGCUGUCGCCGCCCCUGGGCCUGGACUACUUCGCGGUGCUCGACGGCGGCCUCCUCGGCACGGCCGCCGCCAUCGCCGAGCGGAUCGACGGCGAGCUGCGCAGCGAGGCGCCGCGGUUUCGCGGUGGGGCGUCGCACGACGUGGCGGGGUGGUGGAGGAUGGUCAUCGGGGAGGCGUUCCAGACCGUCAAUGGCGAGGUGGUGGCCAGCGGCGGCGCCGGCGCGACGGCUCUCGUCGCGCUGGUCCUGGAGAAGUACAUCGUGGUCGUGAAGUGCGGCGGCGGCGCCUCCAAGGCCGUGCUAUCCCGCGGCGGCGAGCACGUGGGGCUCACUCCUGACCGCUGGCCAAACAUGGCAGAUGAGAAGCAGGGUGUGGCCGACUCCAUCUCCAACGUUCUGCAGACUAGCCGUCGUUCGUUCGGGAGCUCAUCGUACGAGCCGCCGCCGGUGACGGCGGAGCCUGACGUGGUGGCGGUGGAGCGGAAGCAGGCUCAGGACGACUUCCUGAUCCUGGCAAGCGACGGGCUCUGGGGCGCCGUGACGGCGGCGUUGGCGUGCGGCCUCGUCCGGCGGAGGCUGGUGACGACCCCGAGGGUCGCCAGGCCAAGGGAGCCGCCGCAGGGGCUCGCCGACCGUGCUCGCCAAGGAGCUCGCCGAGCAGGCGGUAGAUUCAUGUCGAGCAAGAGCGACGUCCCGGCGGCGGCGGCGGCGACCGAGACGCUGGCGUGGGGCGAGUCGCCGGCGCUGUACGUGUCGUACGGCAUGGUCGCUGACAAGGGCAUGCGCCCGGCGCUGACCAGCGCCGUGGUGGCGGCGCCGUCGUUCACGGUGCUGUCGCCACCCAUGGGCCUGGACUACUUCGCGGUGUUCGACGGCGGCCACCUCGGCGCGGCCGCCGCCGUCGAGCGCCUGCGCGUGCGGCUGGCCGCAGCUAUCUCCGAGCAGAUCGACGGCGAACUUAGCAGCGAGGCCCCGCGGUUCGGUGCUGCGGCGCCGGCGCACGACGUGGUUGUUGGGUGGUGGAAGACAGUCAUCCAGGAGGCGUUCCGGGCCGUCUACGAGGAGGUGGCCAACGACGGCGAGGACGCGGCCGUCUUUGGCGCGACGGCGUUCGUCAUCACGCUGGUCCUGGAGAAGUACACCGUGAUAGCGAGUUCCGGCGACUCCAAGGCCGUGCUAUGCCGCGACGGCGAGCACGUCGAGCUCACUCCCGCUCCCGAUGAGCGCAGGGUAAAUAGUGCACAAGAUGAGAAGCAGAGCCUGGAAAACGCAGCCAGUCAAGUUUUCGCUCCCACCUCCAAGCUUGGCAACUUCGUUCAGAUCACUCUCCCAUCUGGGAGCUCCGCGUACAACGAGCCGACGGGGGUGGUGAUCCCGGAGCUGGACGUGGUGGCGGUGGAGCGGAAGGCGCAGGACGACGAGUUCCUGAUCCUGGCCAACCACGGGCUCUGGGGCGCCGUGCCGCCGGCGUCGGCGUGCGCCUUCGUGCGGCGGAGGCUGGGGAAGACCUCGCGGAUCACCAUGCCGUGGGAGGCGCCGGUGGACGCCGCCAGGGGCUCACCGGCGGCCGUGCUCGCCAAGGAGCUCGCCGACAAGGCGCUGUACGCGGGCAGCGAGGACAACGUCAGCGUCGCCAUCGUCCUGUUCAAGGACUUCUGGGCGCAGAGCGCCAACAAGUAA